UGCCACUUCUUAAAUGUCUAAAAAUAGACUCGUGUAAGAAGUUGGAACAAGUGUUCCUUCUGGAGGAAGAUAAUCUGAGUGGUGGGCAUGGAAUUAGCCAGAUGGAUAAGGUCAAGUUCCCUAGAUUGGAGAGAAUAAAGCUUGAAAAUUUAGAGGUGCUAAAGAGUUUCUGCAACGGGACUCACAACAUCAAGCUCCCUAGCUUAAGUACCAUGCAUAUCAUGAAUUUACCGAACAUCACAGGAUUCUUCUCCAACAAUGACAACCUUACUACAGAACUCAACCAAAGUGCUAACAUGCAUUUCCUUGUCAGAAAAAAGGACGCACUGGCAAGCUUAAAGAAAUUGGAACUCGGUCGUAUGGAUGAUGCAAUGUUGUUAUGCUACCAAUUAGUUUUCCAUUGCUGCUUCAGAGGACUUGAGUAUUUACGCAUCCGGCGUUGCAAGAAUCUCCCUCCUUAUUUGUUUAUUGAUCCUGUGAAUGAUGCUCGAAUUAUUAGUGCAGAGGAAGAGGAAACAGAAUACAGAGAAAACGUGACUGCUAACUCCCUAUUUCCUCAUUUGAAAGAAUUGGAGCUAUCUGAACUACCAGAUUUGAGGCAUGUUGUUUCACUGAAUAUGCAAAAGGUUCCUUUUGCUAACGUGAAAUCAGUUGAUGUAGGCUGCUGCGAGAGACUACUUCACUUCUCUUCGCUAUCUGUAGCAAGGAUUUUUGCGCAGCACGUUGAAACAUUGUCAUUUACGGAUUGUAAGGAGAUGGAACAAGUAUUUGUUUUAGAGGAAAAUGAAGUUGAUGGAGCUGAUCAAAGUCAAAUCCCUGACAUCCAGUUCCCGAAGUUGCGGCAGUUAACCCUUCGAGGUUUACAAGCACUCACGAGUUUUUGCAAGGGGGUUAACAACAUUGAGUUCCCAAGUUUGAGGGAGUUGCAAAUUUCUGGCUUGAACAACAUAAACGGUUUUGUGAUUCCUACAUAUGGAGAGCAAUCCAGUGGCAUGAAUUUCCUUUUUGGAACUAAGGUCUCAUUUGGAGGUUUAAAGGUUCUGGGACUCGGUGGAUUAGACAGUGAGUUAUGGUUCCACCAACUUUGCUCAAGGACACCGUUCUUCAGAGAAUUGGAAAGUUUAAGCAUUUCCAACUGCAACAAGAUAAGGAACUUGUUUGCUUCUUCUUCAAUAGGGGCCUUGGUGAAUCUGAAGAAACUAGUGAUAGAAAGGUGCUCACAGAUUGAAGCUGUAAUUGUAGAUGAUGAAGAAGGAGAGGGAAUGAGCAUGAAGCUUCAAUUUCUUAAAUUGGAAUAUUUAUUGCUGAUUGACUUACCAAAGUUGCGGCAAUUAAGACUUAGCAAGUUACAAGCACUCACGAGUUUUUGCAAGGGGGUUAACAACGUUGAGUUCCCAAGUUUGAGAUCCCUAAAAAUUUCUGGCUUGAACAACUUUAAUGGUUUUGUGAUUCCCACAUAUGGAGAGCAAUCCAGUGGCAUGAAUUUCCUUUUUGGAACUAAGGUGCGUAAACAAUGCCUUUUUACUCUUAAAACUUUGGAAAGUGUUGUUUCUAGAAAUUGAUGACAAUUUAAAGAAAUGAUGUAAAAUAAGCACGCAUGCUACUAUCAAAAGUCA